AUGAGGAACUAUGGUAUCAAGAAUGGUUAUGUGAUGAAGUUUAAGCUCAAUGAUAAGGUGAGAUGCAAAGCAUAUUGCAAGAAAGGGUGUCCUUUCAAGUUAUGGGCUUCUUUAAUGAACAAAGACAAGCUCACAGUUCAGAUUAAGUCUGGGUUUCUGAAGCAUCAAUGUACUCGGGAUCACAAUAUUAGGCAUGUGAAUCCAAAGUGGAUUGCUCACAAGUACUUGGAGCAAUUUAGAACUGACCCUAAUUGGUGCCUUAGUGGAAUAAUUCAAGCUGUCAAGUCUAAUCAGAAAGCAAGACCUCUAAGGGAUGGGUUUAUGGAUGGCUGUAGAAGGGUUAUAUCAGUGGAUGGAUGCUGGCUGAAAGGGUUGUAUGGUGGGCAAUUGCUUGCGGCAGUAGGAAUUGAUGCCAAUGACUGCACAUACCCAAUAGCUUGGUGCACUGUUGACAAGGAAACAAAGGAUAACUCGGGACUCAUACCUGCUAUUGAGACAUUGUUUCCUCAUGCUGAGCACAAGUUCUGUGUGAGACAUAUUCUCACUAAUUUUAGGAAAAGAUAUAAGGGCAAGACCCUUAAGGAUCUAUUGUGGGCAUGUGCUAGGGCUCCAUACAUUGAGGGGUUUAAUAAGUGUAUGUUAGAUGUAGCCAAUGUUUCAAUGGGGGCACGUGGUUGUCUAGGUAGCAUAACCCGUGGGAAGUGGUCUAAGUCUCAAUUUGAUGAAUAUUUCAAAUGUGAUAUGUUGCUUAACAAUUUGUGUGAGAGUUUCAACCAUGUUAUUCUAGAAGCUAGGACCAAGGGUAUAAUCACCAUGAAUGAGAUGAUUAGAACUAAGCUUAUGGUAAGAAUUCAACAAAAGAGAGAUAACAUGCUAAAGUUGGAUAGCAUAUACUGUCCUAAACCUUUAAGAAAGUUAGAGAAAGUAAGGCAGAUGAGUUGUAUCUAUAAGGCAAUAUGGUCAGAAGGGGAAACUUACCAAGUUUAUGGAUUUGAUGGUCAAUUUGUGGUGGACAAGGGGCAGCGUACAUGUACAUGUAGGAGGUGGCAAUUGUCAGGGAUACCCUGUCACCAUGCAAUGGCUGCAUUCAAUGAAAAUAAUGACAACCCUCCUAGGUAUUUAGAUGACUGCAACAAGGUGUCCACAUACCUUAAAACCUAUAGCCAUCUUUUGGCUCCAAUCAACGGAAUGAAACUUUGGCCUAAAAGUGAUCACCCCCCUAUCUUACCUCCUCCAGCAGUUAAUUUUAGGAGAGGAAGAAAACAAUGUUAG